AUCAUCAGGAUCUAUAAGCAACAUUGACGACGAAGAAUACGCGUGCAACGCAUCAGCUGUCAGGAAAGUGAUAUCAGGUGUGGUUGGUGCAGCUUCCAGUGUGACGUCAGUUCAAGUUGCUAAUCUACUGCGAUUAUUUAAGAUACCACAGGUUUCUUUUUUCUCGACGUCACCGGAGCUUUCCAACAAAGCCCGAUUUGAGUACUUCACACGAACGAUACCGUCAGAUCUCCAUCAAGUCAAGGCGAUGGUGGAAAUCGUGAAAAUUCUUGGCUGGAGAUACGUAUCUAUCAUUUAUGAAGAGUCCAACUACGGCAUUAAGGCAUUUGAAGAAUUGGAGACUUUACUUGCUAGAAAUGACAUCUGCAUUGCGGUAAAAGAAAGGCUAGCUAAAGAUUCCGGUGCAGCUGAUGAGAAGGGAUACGAUGAUAUUGUAGAACGAUUGUUAUCAAGACCGCGUGCUAGAGGCGUAAUAGUAUUUGGAUCUGACCAAGAAGUAGCAGGGGUAAUGGCAGCAGUUCAACGUAAGAAAGCAGAAAACAUCUUCGGCUGGGUCGGAUCCGAUGGAUGGAGUGCCAGGGCACUAGUUGCCGCUGGCAACGAACCUGUUGUGGAGGGAACCAUUAGUGUCCAACCCCAGGCCAACCCUGUGAUAGGAUUUAAAGAGUACUUUCUCAGCCUUACGCCGGAGAACAACGCAAGGAAUCCGUGGUUUGUCGAGUUCUGGGAGGAACAGUUUCGCUGCCGCUACCCUGGUGCAUCAAGAACACCAUACAAUACAAACUAUAAAGCUUGUACUGGACGGGAGAAACUGUCAACGGAAAAUACCGAAUUUGAGGCGCAAUUGCAGUUCGUUGCUGAUGCAGUAUGGGCAUUUGUUUUUGCUAUCAGGGAUAUGCAUAAAGAUCUUUGUGGAGGCCGACCAGGGCUAUGUGAAGCAAUGCGGCCCGUCAACGGACCUACACUACUACGAUAUUUGCGACAAGUGCAAUUUACAGGUCUAAGCGGCGAUGAGUUCCACUUUGAUCAAUAUGGUGAUGGACCGGCUCGGUAUAACAUCUUGCACUUCAAGCAAGUCUCUCUUGGAGUGUAUCGAUGGCUCAAAGUUGGCAAUUAUCUGGAUGGAGAAUUGGAAUUGAUUUUGGAUGAGAUUCAAUUUAAAUGGCAUGAACGAAAACCACCCGAGUCAGUAUGCAGUGCGGAAUGUGAGCUCGGCCAGGCCAAGCAGUACGUGGAGGGAGAAAGCUGCUGUUGGCACUGCUUUAACUGCACGCAAUAUGAGAUCAGGUCGCCAUAUUCGGAGACAGCAUGUGUGGAGUGUCCCCGUGGAACACUACCGGAUCUUAUGAGGACCCGCUGCGCCCAAAUACCAGAACUGUAUCUACAGCCUUCAUCACCUGCAGCUAUCGGAGCUAUGGCAUUCUCUGCUUUUGGGAUUUUAUUGACUAUUUUAAUAGUAACAUUGUGGAUUCUCCGAAGUAGUACCCCAGUGGUUCGUGCGAGUGGUAGGGAGCUAUCAUUUGUGCUACUCACCGGAAUACUUAUGUGUUACUUGGUCACAUUCGCGUUAGUUCUGCGCCCAACUGACUUCUUGUGUUCUUUGCAAAGGUUUAGUACAGGGUUCUGUUUCACCGUGGUUUACGCGGCUCUUCUCACUAAAACCAAUAGGAUUGCCCGUAUAUUUGCAGCGAGCAAACAUUCAGCACGCAGGCCUUGCCUUAUCUCACCCAAAUCACAGCUUUUGAUAUGUUCUAUCUUAGUAUCGAUUCAGGUCGUAAUAGUAGUGGUAUGGCAACUAGCUUCACCAGCCAGGGCAAUUCACCACUACCCCACCAGGGAAGACAAUAUGCUUGUAUGUGACUCUUACGUGGAUGCGUCAUACACAAUAGCAUUUUUCUACCCUGUGGUAUUGAUAGUUGUAUGUACUGUGUACGCUGUUCUAACAAGAAAGAUUCCCGAAGCCUUCAAUGAAAGUAAACAUAUUGGCUUUACUAUGUAUACCACCUGUGUGAUUUGGCUAGCCUUUGUACCUCUGUACUUUGGUACAGCAAGUCACGUCCCCCUACGAGUCACCAGCAUGGCUGUAACCAUAUCACUAAGCGCCAGCGUUACCCUAGCAUGCUUGUUUGCGCCUAAGAUGUACAUAAUCCUAAUACACCCGGAGCGCAACGUGCGAGCGAACAUGAUGACAUCAAAAUGGCGCGGCAGUCACGGUCGAGGGGCUGCUCCAGGAGCCGUGUGUGCUGCUUUGGUCGGCGCUGCUCCUCUACCACGACCUGCUACUACACCCUCCACUGACUUCUCUACUAUUGAUGCGGAACGGUCAACAUCUACAGACAGGCAAGUGCAGACAGACGAUUUGAACACGAGUCCAAACAACCAAGAGCGAAAUGGCCUAUGUUUGGACGCGAACAAACUUGCAGAAAUCGCUGGUGGGUUACCAGCCUUCGAAUCCAAUACUGUGCGACGCCGUGCAACAGCAGAGCCGGCGAUUCGCGUUGCAGUUGUAGUUGUGGGUGCACAAACACCCUUAUAGCCCUUAAAAAUACCACGGAGACCAGUAUUGGUUUGACUUUGGUGAAAGUGUUUUAAAUGUGUAUCGAAGCAAUUUUUUUCCAAGCAUGGUAAUCUCAAGUAUGAUAUAUAAUUUUUUUACCAAUGCGUGAUUGGCGUCGCCUCUCUUAAUUGUUCUUAUGUUUUUACUAAGAUUGGAUUUCAAAAUAGAUCUGCUGGCUGUUGAUAAUAAUAAAUAACUAAAGUUUUUUUGCAACGUAUGGUCAUGUACAUCAUUUUCACUGUACAAGAUUUAACAAGUAAGUGGUUUAAAGAACCAUAGUUAUAACUUGAGCAGUGCCGGAUUAGCAAUAUAGCAAGAGUAGUAAAUGCUACGGGCCCCGCGAAUUUAGGGGCCCCUCUCUCCAACGUACCCGUAACCGUAAUAAAAAAAUAUUACAUAGUAGCGUAAUAUAUCUUGCUUCACCUCCACUUAAAAAUCUAAAACUCAAUUUCGUCACGUUAAAUCGUAAAAAAUAAGUAGGUAUUUUACAAACUUUUUACCGUAAUGUUCUAAUGUUUAAAUAUAAUCGAUAUCUUUAGACUAGCAUCUAUACCACACCUACCUAUCAUAUGGCCAGAAUAUAAUUAUAAGAACGUCUUUUUCAUCUCACUUUGUUGAAUAUAGAGCAUGAUUUGCUUAAUGAAGUCUUUUUGAAAGUGUUACCAUAUCUUAAUUUGCUGAUCCAGAUCCAGAAAAAUGAUUCGUAACGGUUUGUUUAUUCUAUAUCCUAAACUUGAGAACCUAAAGCAAACCAACGGCCCCUUGAUAGAAUUUUCUACAGGGCCCGCGCUGGCUUAAUCCGGCACUAAACUUGAGAAACCUUUCAUUAGGACAUUGGUUGGAUAUUCAGUUAUAAGCGACCCUAUUUGAGAACGUUUGAAACCUUAAAAGGAUGUCCAGUGUCAACCUGUUAAAUGGUUAGUAAUGAUUAUUGUACAUUGUUUGAACAGCUGUACACAAGUCAGUCCUAAAAAUUCUAAAUCAAUUAAUUAAAUGCUUCAAAUACGUUGAACUUCUAUUAAAAGAGCCUACGCUAUUUACGAAGCAUUUUUUUAAAAUAAACUCUUUAACAAGAGUUUUUCAUGGAUUGUUCAAUUGCAAAAACUGUACUUACCUAUAUAAAAAUUACAAGUUUAUUAUAUUCUACGCAACAUCUAAGAAUUGUCAAUAAAUAAGAAUAUAUAAGCCCAGUUUUGAAAAAACUUUCAACCAAUUUAUUCCUUUGUAAAGUAAC